AUGUAAGACCAAUAUAUUGAAUCCCCUUUCUAAAAAUCCUAGGUUGUUGAGGACACUAAAAUAAACAUGUCAGGUAAAUUUUCAGGAACUGUAAAAUCAAGGAAUUGCCUUAUCAAAUAUUAUGAAUCUAAAAAUAUAUUAAGUGGUGUACUUUUUGUGGUUUAAUCAUAUUUCACACAAAUAUUAUUUGAUAAAAUUGAAUCUUUAGGACAACUUAAGGUGCAUCUUUUAUCUGAUGUUUUUUUAUAUCCAUUUUAGCAAAUAGAACAUUCAUAAUCUCUUUCACACUUUAAACAAUAUGCAGGACAUUAAGCCGUUCCUAGAUUAGUAUAGAUAAUAUACCAUCCAGAAUUGGAAUUUCUAUAAUCAAUAAUCAUAUAUUUACGUAAAAUUUCCUUUGAGCGUAAAAUUAAAAUAUCCUUGAUCUACAUAAAGAUUUGCGUAUAACAAAUACACCUUAGCUGUUUAGCAUUCGGGAUAUGAUGCUAUAUUUUAGGCAUAAAGGUACAAAUUAUCUGUUUAAAAAUUGGCUCCAUCAUAAUAAAAUGAAGAAUAAUAUGUCGAAUUAAUAUAUAUUGAAAUUCCAGAGUUGAUCGGAGUGGCAUUACAAAAUAAUAAAUAAAUUUAUGCACUGAGAGGGUACAAAAAUUAAUAUGUCUUGAUUGUCAUUGAAGCUCCUUCAUUAUUUUUGAAAAUUCCAAAAUAAGGUCCUAGUUUUCUAUUAUUGUUGCUUAAAUUUGCAGGAUCAUAAAUUAUGUUCCACGAAUUUGUUACUGCUUAGCUAGAACCUUUAAUCGUAAACUACAAUAGAUAUCGCAUUUCAAAAAAUUUGCAAUAUCUCUCUCUUUUAUCUGUAAUUCCAAACAAACAAUAGUUCAAACAUCUAUAAUAUGAAGGUGGCUCACCAGAUAAAACAGUUCUGAUGGGGCAUCGACAUAUACCAUUAAUUAAGGUAGUGGGUGAAAAACAUGAUGUGCAUUAAUCAUAAUUACUUCCUGAACAAGUAUAACAAGUAGGAUGA